UCCAUUUCUUCUGCUCCAUUUAUUCCACCAAAACCCUAAAUUUCCUAUAAAAACCAUAAUCCCGUUGCUCUCGUUCACCACCAAAUCAUCAAACAAACAACACAGAAGAUUAGUCUAAAGCAACCAAAUCAAAGAGACAUGAAGAACGAAUCUACAUUCAUUGAUGUUCCUGCAGAUUCCAGCUCAGCAAUGAAAGGGAAAGCUCCUCUAAUCGGUGUAGCUAAAGACCACACUGCAAGUGGCUCAGGUGGAUACAACAGAGGCCUCUCAGUCUUCGACUUCCUCCUCCGUUUAGCUGCCAUUGUUGCAGCAUCAGUCGCCGCUGGAACCAUGUUUACUAGCGACGAGACUCUUCCUUUCUUCACUCAGUUCUUACAGUUCCAAGCUGGCUACGACGAUCUACCAACUUUCCAGUUCUUUGUGAUUGCCAUGUCCUUGGUUUCAGGAUACAUCGUCCUUUCACUUCCUAUCUCCGUAGUUGCCAUCGUUCGCCCUCUCGCCGCCGCUCCAAGACUCCUCUUGCUCGUUCUUGACACUGCGGUUAUGGGGUUGACCAUGGCGGCUGCAUCAUCUGCGGCGGCGAUAUCUUAUGUAGCACACAAUGGAAACCAGAACACGAACUGGCUUCCCAUUUGCCAACAGUUUGGUGACUUCUGUCAGAAAACCAGCGGGGCUGUGGUCUCUUCCUUUGUCGCCGUCGUGUUUUUCAUGAUCCUGGUUGUCCUCUCCGGAGUCGCUCUCAAAAGACACUAAUACAAAAAAAUACUCUUAUAAAAUGUGGUCACUAUCUUAUAAUAUUAUUCAUCCUCCCUUUGUUAAUGUUGUAUUAAUCUUUUUAAAAGAUGAAACUGUGAUUGUAGCUCUGCUUUUAUUAAGAAAAAAAAAUGAAAUGAUUUUCUCAAA